GUAAUUAUUAAAAACAGUUAUAUCGCCGCCAAGAUGGAACUAGAUAUCGUCAAAGCGCACUUCUCUUCAAGUAUUCUCAUAAAAUCAAAGAUAAUCUUAUUAUAUAAGAUAUCCAAAGAGAGUGAAACGAACUUGGAUUUUAAAACUCUUCAGAGCUUGGGACCUGAGAAAAAAAAAUUCAUGGAGAUGUCAGAAGCUUCAAAACAGACUACAAGACAUGAAGAAUCAGAGCACCUUCAGAAUCCAGAACCAGACCAGAUAUUGAGCCAAAGAAGAUCGUUGAUUGUAACUCAAAGAAAAUGGUGGCUCUCUGUUUCGUUGUGUCUUUUUCUGGUCGUGCUCGGAGACUCUCUGGUGAUGCUUCUCUUAAACUUCUUCUAUGUCCAAGACAAUCGAGAAGAUAGUGAUCAAGAUCUACAAUACACAGGAACAUGGACACAAGCUCUGAUUCAAAACGCUGCGUUUCCAAUCCUUAUCCCUCUCUUCUUCAUUUUCCGUUCCCCAAAACAAAACCCUGAAACCAACAAUACUCGUUUUCUCUCUUUUCGUAUCCUCUUUCUUUACAUGUCGCUUGGUGUUCUUGUUGCUGCUCAUAGCAAGUUAUUCGCUCUUGGGAAGUUAUACGCCAACUAUGGCGUAUUCACGUUGAUUGCCGCGAUCCAAUUGAUAUUUAUGGCUAUUUUCACAGCCAUCAUUAACCGUUUCAAGUUUAACAGAUGGAUCAUCAUAUCUAUUCUCCUCACUAUUGUGAUAUACGUCUUCGGUAGCCCUGAAUUUGGAGGAGAGCCUGAUGAAAAUGAAGAAUUUUAUAACAUCCAAGCUUGGUUAACCUUCGCGGGUUCGGUUGCUUUCGCACUAUCUCUCUGCUUCUUCCAACUCGGGUUUGAGAAACUUUUGGUGAAAACAAAGAGAUAUGGUAACAAGAAAAUGUUUAGAAUGGUUUUGGAGAUGCAAAUAUGCGUCUCUUUUGUCGCAUCAGUUGUUUGUCUUGUUGGCUUGAUUGCGAGUGGUGAAUAUAAGGAAUUGAAAGGCGAUAGCCAACGGUUUAAGAAAGGCGACACAUAUUAUGUUUUGAGUUUGGUUGGGUUGGCUUUGUCGUGGCAGGUUUGGGCGGUCGGAUUGAUAGGGUUGGUGCUUCAUGUUUCGGGUGUGUUUGGUGAUGUCGUACAUAUGUGUACUUCACCACUUGUGGCCCUGAUUGUUGUGUUAGCAUUUGAUUUUAUGGAUGAUGAUUUUAGUUGGCCUAGAAUAGGUGCUUUGAUAGGAACAACUUUGGCUUUAGGAUCGUACUUCUACUCAAUGCACAAGAAAAACAAGAAGGAGAUGAUGGAACUUGACCGAAGAGAGAACAGUGUUGAAGUUUAAUCUCUCAUGUCAAAUAUACGUUUGGGUCUUUUCUAAUACUUUCUUGUACUUCUUUAUCUUUCAAAUCAAUGUCAAAUAUGUUGUAUGGAUCUGAAAACUGUGUAAUUCAUUGUUAAUUGUUGUACUUUUGCUGUA